GCAUAAAUGCCACCAAACCACAGAUUUUCCUCCAGGUGAAGAGUUCAGUGAUAAAGAAGGUGGGUCAGAUUCUGAAGUUGAAUCACUUGUGGAGGAUGAAGAUGGGACAAAUACCUUGCAUGAAGUGGAGCUGGAAGAUUAUGAAUCAGAGUAUAAAACAGAAACUGAAACAGAGACGGAGACAGGAACAGAGUCAGAUGAGGAAAGUGGAGAUAAAUCUACAUGGGAAAAAACCUUCGCACAGAGCCAAAGCACAUCGUCUUCCUGUCCCAGUUAUUGCUACUGUUCCAGUUUUGCCAUACCUGCAAGGCAGACAAUCCAACAGUGGAAACCAGUGAGAUUGGUACUGAGGCAGUGGUGAGAACAACAUGUAAUAACCCGACAUGUCAAAAGAAGAAUACCUGGUACAGUCAGCCACUCUUGCCAGGCUAUCACAUCCCUGCUGGCAACUUUCUGCGUUGCCUGUGUAUUCUCCUUACCGGAGGAUCAGCGACAAGGGUGUUUCAAAUGUUCAACCACAUGGGCCUUGGUUGUGUUUCUAUUAGCACAUUCUUUAAUUACCAAAGGAGGAAACUCUUUCCAACCAUCCAUCUGUACUGGCAGAAUUACCAGAAACAAAUGCUGACUAAGCUUAAGACACUCAGUAAUGGAGUAACUAUAGCAGGAGAUGGUCAGCAUGAUAGUAUGGGUCACAGUGCCAAAUUUUGCGCCUACACAAUAUUCUGCUGCACUGUUCCAAUGAUUAUACACUUUGCCUUGGUCCAGAGAAAUGAUGCUGGAAGCAGUCCAGCAAUGGAAUUUAUGGCUUUUAAACAGUGUAUGAAUUUCUUGAUUGCAUAUGGCGUGGUCAUUACCACAUUCAUAUCUGACAGGCAUGUUUCUAUUGCCAGCCACAUGAAGAAAGUUCUGAACAGAAUUGUGCACUACUUUGACAUCUGGCAUCUAAAAAAAAAAAUACGUUAAGUAUUGACUAAAAUAUCUAAAGAAAAAGGGUGCGAAGCACUAGCAGAAUGGAUCAAACCGUGUGAGAACCACCUCCAGUGGAGUGCAACAUCCACAUUCAGUGGGAAUGGCAGGAUAAUUUGGGCCAAGUUCAAGGCCUUUCUGAGUCAUGUGGUAAACAAGCAUGCGGGAUUCGAGGAUCCAUUAUUCAAGAAAUGUUCUCAUGGUGACAUUCAACCGAGGAAAUGGUUGAGAGUUGGAACUGUUGUCUAUGACAAGUUGUGUGGUGCACUGACAAAUAAUGCAUUGGUAAAGGGAAUAAAACAAGCUUCUCCUUUCGCUCAAACUAGCUGCUUGGAAGGCUUUCAUUCAGUUCUGAACCACUUUGCACCAAAAAUGAUUGCCUACUCAUACAUUGGGAUGUAUUGCAGGCAUAUUUUAGCUGCUGUCCACUCCAACUUUAAUUUGCAAAGAGAAGUUCAACAUCGUGGGAGAGAUAGAGUUGAGCGAGUAAAAGUGUCCUACCCAAAGUUUAAGAAUGGAGAGGCAUGUGUAAGGGAUGUUCGAGUCAAACCAAACUUUGACUAUGUGGAGGACAUUUAUCAAACAUUUGUUAAUGCAAGCAAGGAUGAAUUACACAAAGCUGCCACAAAACUCAAAGAUUCGAUUCCUGCUCCAAUGAACACAAUGUUUGAGAAACAACCAAGAGAAGAGGCACUACAAAAGAGAGCUGAAAGGAGUAAGAUGGUUACAAGAGAUGUUCCUCCCACUACACCAGUGUCUCAAUUCCCAGAAAGCAGUAGCAAAGGAUCAACCAAAAGAAAAAGCAGUAGUCAACAAACAAAGAAAUCAUCUAAACCCCAUUACUGUGCAGCUUGCAAGCGACCAAUGAAGGGACAUGGGAAAUUUCUUGAUUGUCCCAAAAAUAAAAAUGAAGGAAUGGACAAUGUCUAGUGUGUCCAACAAAUAUCUGAUACUUUAAAAAGGUGUUUUUGUUAUUCCAUGUUUAUUUAGU